AUGGAAAAGGAAGUCGCAACAAACCCUGGAGCAGGGGGAUCAGAUGGAGCAUCCAGCACAAGUCCUGUCAGAGAACAAGGACUGGAAGAGGUGCUCGCUGAUGACACUGUGUUGAUCAUUGGAGGCGGUCCAGUAGGAAUGAUGACGGCAACCGUCCUGGCUUUCUAUGGGAUCAAAUCUGUUGUGCUCGAACGCAACUUCACGACCACUUGGUAA